AUGACCCGGGCAGUCCCGCACAUUGUCGGCAAUUUUCACUCACUGGUCUAUAUACGCGUGCCCGUAGAUGACGAAACACUGGUAUACGCCAGGAAGGCGGCCAACUUGCUCAGGAGACUUAACUGCAGGGCCAAAUUAGACGACUGCAUACCCGCCAGGACUCAAGAAAACUCGGACAGUGACGACACGGAUGAGGAGGGUGCGAACCAAGGCAACGCCCAUACGAAAAAGCUACCAGAACAUCUCCACCUAUCACUCUGCAAGCCCGUAUACCUAAAGCGGCAAUUCAUCAAGCCGUUCACCGACCGGCUCGAGGAGGCCUUGAGGAACCACCACGAUAUUAAUGAACGCAGAUUCUACCUGCUGCUCGACACGAAUAUCGCAAUAUGCGCAAACGAAGAGCAUAACAGCUACUUCGCGGUUCUGCCGGUGGAGGCGCAAUGCCGCAAAAGAUCGGUACUUGGCACCUUAAUGCGCUCAUCCAACAUGCAGGUCGUACCUCUGAUCGACGCAGUGGACAGCGUUGUGGAACUGUUCGGCUAUGACCGGUAUUAUGAGCAGAGGCAGCCCCAUGUCUCGCUGGCGAAUAUAUGCCAGCAGAAUCUUAAGCACGUGAUGCAACGUUUAUAUGCGGGGCAUGAAGACGGUGACGGAGACCUGUAUUCAUCUCAUCACUGGAGGCAGGCGGAGCGCUUUUUAAACGACGCCCAGGCAGCGGAUGAUGCGCAGGCGCGGGAUGGCGGUGCAACGGAAAACGAUGCUACGGGUACCAAUGGGCAUAGCAUCGACAACCGUGAUGUAGUCGCUUCACACGACUGCGAAGGCACAAAAGAAGUGCGCUAUACCUUUUACCAUGGUGAUCUCCUAACGCAUGUUGGCGACGACGGCCCUGCGAAUCCUGAACCGUUGUGCGUAUAUGUCGAAGAUAUUCAUGUGCAAGUUGGAUCGCAAACUACAGUUAUAAAACUGUCGAAAUCAAUAAUAUAG